GUAGAGUAUGCUAAAAGUGAAAAUCUAGUUGUUCAACACACACUUAGUUUGUAAAAUAAAAACGAUGAACAUGGUGAACAACAUGAAAAUCUGUUUCAUACUCAUUGUUUGAUUGCUAAUAAGUUGUGUAAUGUGAUUGUUGAUAGUGAAAGUUGUACAAAUGUGGCAAGCACCUUGCUUGUGAAGAAACUGAAAUUACCUACUAUCAAACAUCCAAAACCUUACAAGUUACGAUGGUUAAAUGAUAGUGGUGUGGUAAAAGUAAAUCGACAAGUGUUAGUUUCUUUUUCAAUUGGUAGAUAUAAGGAUGAAGUUUGGUGUGAUGUGGUACCUAUGUAUGCUGGUCAUAUGUUGUUGGGGAGAACUUGACAAUAUGAUUGAAGGGUAAUACAUGAUGGGUUCAAAAAUCGUUAUUUUUUUAUUAUGGAUGAACAUAAAUAUCAACUUAGACCUUUGCCUCCAAAGACAAUUUUUAAAGACCAAAUGCGCAUAAAACAACAAUAUGAAGAGCUCGAGUCUUUAUUAACCAAAACUCUGGGGAGGGAGCAAGAAAGAGAGAAAAAAGAAAAAGGUAAGUUGAGUGGUAAAAAUGAGAGUAUUAGGAAACACAAGGGAAGAGAAAACAAGGAAAGCUUGAGUGAAAGAAAAUUGAGUGUUUAUGCUAAAAUGAGUGAUGUGAAGAAAGUCUUAACCAUGAGGCAGCCCUUACUUGUACUUAUGUACAAGGACGUUUUGAUUGCUUCUAACAAAAUUGACAAGAGUUUGCAUAGUAUUAUUGUUAAUCUUUUGUAAGAAAAUGAGGAUCUUUUUCCCGAAGUUCCUAAUGGUUUGCCACCAAUCAGAGGAAUUAAAUAUCAAAUUGAUUUCAUUCCAGGUGGAAGUAUACCAAAUAAACCAGCAUAUAGAUGCAACCUUGAAGAGACUAAGGAAAUCUAAAAGCAAGUAAGUGAGCUUAUGGAAAAGGGGUAUGUGCGAGAAAGCAUGAGUCCAUGUGCAGUUCUUGUUCUGUUGGUACCUAAAAUGGAUGGAUCUUGGAGAAUGUGUGUUGAUUGCAGAGUCAUCAACAAAAUCAUGUUUCUGACAGGAAAGGAUCUCAAGGUAUAAAAGAAAGAAAUGCAUGAGAUUAGUGAGCAUGCAAGGAACAUCAGAACCUAAUAAUGUUUUAGCUGAUUUACCAGUAGUGCUCGAGGCAAGUUCUGCUCCUUUAGUUCAGGCCUUAAAGUCUACUGCAGAACAAGAUGUUGCUUGUUUUCACUUCCCAGGACAUAACAGAGGGAAAGCAGCUCCUAAUUUGUCCAAUCUUACUGGUCCAGGAGCUUUUCUACAUGACCUACCUGAACUCCCAGAGUUGGAUGAUUUGUUCUCUCCAAAAGGUGCAAUUUUAGAUGCUCAGGCAGAAGCUGCAAAAUUGUUUGGGGCGUCUGAGACAUGGUUUCUUGUUGGAGGCACCACUUGUGGCAUUCAAGCGUCCAUAAUGGCUACAUGUUGCCCAGGUGAUGUACUCAUUCUCCCAAGGAAUGCUCACAUUUCUGCAACCUCGGGUCUCGUUCUGUCUGGUGCAGUGCCAAAAUACAUUCUACCUGAGUAUAAUUCUUGUUGGGAUAUUGCUGCCGGAAUAAGGCCAUCGCAAGUUGAAGCCGCAAUAAAAGAGUUGGAGGAAGUCGGAAAAACAGCAGCUGCAGUUCUCAUCACUUCUCCAACAUAUCAUGGCAUAUGCAGUAAUCUGAAUGAGAUUACUAAAGUUUGUCACUCCCGAUGUAUUCCUGUAAUAGUGGAUGAAGCACAUGGUGCUCAUUUCAGGUUUCAUCCUAACUUUCCAAGCACUGCUCUUGAACAAGGUGCAGACUUAGCUGUCCAGUCUACCCACAAGGUUCUAUCUUCUCUGACACAGUCAUCAAUGUUACAUAUGUCUGGGAACCUUAUAGAUACGGAGAGAAUAAGCAAAUGUCUUCAAAUGCUGCAGAGCUCCAGCCCAAGCUACCUAUUACUUGCAUCAUUAGAUUCUGCAAGAGCUCAGCUAGGGAAAAAUCCAGAUGCUAUUUUUUGUGAUGCCGUGAAUUUGUCCCUGGAAACCAGAAAAGAAAUAGGAACAACUGCAGGUGUCUCAUUACUGGAUUUGUCUAGCUUUCUUUCUGGUUUUACUGCUAUUGAUCCUUUGCGUAUCACUCUUGAUGUCUCACAGCUCCAUAUAUCAGGCUACAUGGCAGAUGAGGUAUUGUGGGAAGGACAUCGCAUAAUACCUGAGCUUGUAGGAAGCAGCUCACUAACAUUUGUAAUCAACCUGGGGACUAGCAGGAAAGAUAUUCAAAGACUUAUUUUAGGGGUAAAGAAUCUGUCCAGGAAUUUCUUUAAUGGAAACAAAAUAAAGUCUGAUGUAUGGAAUGGCGUACGUGCUCCAGCUACAUACUCUUCUAUGCAACUUAGCCCUAGGGAUGCCUUUUUUGCGAAGAAAAGAAGGGUAAAUAUUAGAGAAAGUGUUGGGGAGAUCUGCGGGGAGUUAAUCUGUCCAUACCCACCUGGUAUUCCAGUCCUGAUUCCUGGUGAGGUCAUUACUGAGGAAGCUCUAUCCUAUCUUUUACGUGUUUUGAGAAUGGGGGCUGCAAUUAGGGGAGCCGCUGAUCAGCAGCUCUCUUCCAUAUUGGUGUGUCGUAUAUGAUGCAACAGGCGAUCAAUUUUUGAAGCUAUUCAGAUGGGAUAUUAGCUUAAAGAGGGAGAAGGAUUAGACUAAAACACAUGGAAGGCCUAUUUGCUCUUAGCCAAAUUGUUUGAAGGGUGUUCAUGUGCAAAGUAUCUGAGGAAUUUAUACGACUUCUAGAAAACUUCUGGAAAUUUAUCAUGCAGAGCAACAUCGACAGCACGUACGAAGCUAGCCUGAUACAGUCAACCUCAAGGCUGUUAUAUUAAUAUUUGUUUCAAUAGUAGUUAAUCAGCAUGAAAAUGUUAUUUUCACUUGAUAUAGAAAUAAGAAAUCGUAGCACGAUCGACCUUCAUUA